AUGGCGAGCCCUAAGGAGAGACGCAUCGGUAAGGAGCUCAUGGAUAUCCGCGCAGACAAGGACAACUCUGGUGUCUUUGCCUACCCGAUCGACGAGUCCAAUCUCCUCCACCUCAAGGGAUCGUUCCCCGCUCCUCCAGACACCCCGUAUGCCGGAGGCCAGUACGAAGUCGACAUCAAGAUUCCGGAUAACUACCCUUUCAAGUCCCCCAUCAUCAAGUUCGACACCAAGAUCUGGCACCCCAAUGUCAGCAGUCAAACCGGUGCCAUUUGCCUCGACACGCUGGGCAGCGGCUGGUCUCCCGUCCAGACAAUCAAGACCGCCCUCCUCUCCCUCCGCAUGCUGCUCGAGUUCCCAAACCCCAAAGACCCACAAGACGCCGAGGUGGCCAAGAUGAUGAUCGAGAACCCCGAGGCUUUUGCGAGGAAAGCCCACGAGUGGGCCGUCAAGCACGCCGGCGCCCCACCCCGAGAUUUCGACACCACCAAGUGGAAGAAGGAGUCUGCAGCCGAGGCCAAGGCCAACGACGAGAGCAGGUACAUGGGCUACAACAAGGAGCUCGUCGACCGCUUCGUCAACAUGGGCUUCGAGGUGGACGCUGUGGUGGACGCCUUUGUCUUUGUGGGUAUCGACCGCAACAACGGCGCCGACUAUGAGCUAGAGGAGGCUUACAUGGGAGAUAUCACGGCCCGCCUUCUGGGUGAGCAGUAG